UUUGGCAAUCUCCAUCUCUAAUCCUUCCUUACAAAAUGUGACUGCUUCCCAUUUGAGGAAAAAGCACAUAAAUUUAGGCAACUGUUUCGCUUAAGCCAUUGUCUGCUUGCUUUCUUGUCCCUUCAGUGUCUCACCAAAAUUUCCCGGAAAUUCUGUUCUGUUUGUUUCUGUUUUCUUUGUUGAUUGGGGCCCUGUGGAAGUUGAAGCACUGAUUUGAAGCUCUUGUUCAUAGGUGUCAUACUUGUUUGUUUGGUGCACUAAUACCUAAUUGGUCUUUGCACUCCAUUUCACAGUAAAACAUAGUUUAGGAGUACUAAGGUGGAAGUUUAUUGGAACAAAGUUAUUACAUUGAGCUUUUGGUGGCAUCUCCUCUUUCAAUCCAGCCAUGACUCGUGCAAGUUCGAUCCAAUCAUCUCAAGAAUUAAGGAUUUAUAAUAGUCGUGGAUGCAGUAGCCAACAUACUUGUGUGAUGGGAAAGGGAAAGAACAGAGUACAGUUGGUUAAUGCCAGUCUUUCAUCGCAUGGUUUGCGACAGGAUGCUUGGACUGUUCACUUUUUAAGUAGCACACGCAGGCCAAUAAUUGCUACACCUUCCAGAUGCAAUGUAUUUGUCUGCCGUUCUCUUCUAACACCCAGUGGAGGAAAUACGAUUCCGGUUCUGAAAUUUGCAUCUGUGAUCUUGACAAGGUCAUAUGAUGUCCUGUGCAGAAGUCAAGUUGUGCUUGAAUUGAUCCCAGCAAUUGGUAUCAUUGCUUUUGCUACAUGGGGUCUUGGUCCACUCAUGCAUCUGGGCAGGAUUAUUUUUUUCUAUCAGAAGUCUGAUAAUAAUUGGAGUAAAAGUAGAACAAAUUAUGUUAUGACCUCAUACCUUCAGCCUUUGCUACUGUGGACUGGAAUGACACUCAUCUGCAGAGCAUUAAAUCCUGUAAUUUUACAUUCAGAAGUGAGCCAGGCUGUGAAGCAACGACUUCUGAAUUUUGUACAAUCAUUAUCAACUGUGCUGGCAUUUGCCUAUUGUUUAUCAAGAUUGAUUCAACAGGCACAGAAGUUCCUCUCAGAGACAAGGGACUCUGAUAAUGCAACACAUAUGGGAUUUAGUUUCGCUGGAAAAGCUGUUUAUAGUGCUGUUUGGAUUGCUGCUGUAUCAUUGUGCAUGGAAUUGCUGGGUUUCUCUACCCAAAGGUGGCUCACAGCUGGGGGUCUUGGUACCGUGCUGCUCACCCUUGCUGGUCGGGAGGUAUUUACAAAUUUUCUUUCAAGUGUAAUGAUCCAUGCAACACGGCCAUUUGUGGUGAAUGAAUGGAUUCAGACAAAGAUUGAAGGCUAUGAGGUUUCUGGCACGGUUGAGCAUGUGGGAUGGUGGUCACCUACAAUCAUAAGAGGUGAUGAUCGUGAAGCAGUUCACAUUCCAAACCAUAAAUUCACUGUGAAUGUUGUUAGAAAUCUCAGCCAGAAGACUCAUUGGCGUGUUAAGACCCACCUUGCUAUCAGUCACUUGGAUGUCAAUAAAAUAAUUAACAUUGUUGCUGAUAUGCGCAAGGUUUUGGCUAAAAAUCCUCAAAUAGAGCAGCAAAGAUUGCACAGAAGAGUUUUCUUGGAUAACAUUGACCCAGAGAAUCAGGCUCUUAAGAUUUUGGUAUCAUGCUUUGUGAAAACCUCACAUUUUGAAGAGUACCUCCGUGUAAAGGAAGCAAUACUCUUGGAUCUUCUUAGAGUUAUAAGCCAUCAUCGGGCCCGGCUUGCCACACACAUCCGUACUGUUCAAAAAAUAUACAAUGAGGCUGAUUUGGAUAAUGUACCAUUUUCCAACACUAUUUUUACUCAUUCAGGAGUAGCUGCUAACUGUCCAUUAUUGCUGAUCGAACCCUCUCAUAAAAUCAAUGCUGAUGAUAAAACUAAAGCUUCAACUCGUUCAGUACGUACUAAUGAGGAAAAGGAUGCAAAGGGUGAAGCAGCCUCAACAUCUGAGUCUAUGGCUGAGCCAAAUGUUGAUUCAAUAAAAGAUAAGGUCACAACAACAACUUCUGACUCCAGUACAACUUCUAACGUUUCAGCAAUCCCUAAAUCCAAUCCCCAACUUGGGAAAUCAUUGCAUGAUAAUUCAGUGCAAAACAGUUCUGAAACAUUGCAGCCUAGCGGAAGCACAGGACACGUAUGUAAGAAGAAAAUGGGGCUAAAUACUGAAGAAAUAACUCCAGGCAGGACAACACUUGAAGAAUAUUCAGUUAAUGAAUCUAAAAAAAGUGAUAUCCCGACAGCCACUUCACAGGCUAAACAGGACGUGGAGAGGACUGUCAGCUCACCAUCAGUAGGCCGGCCUCCUUUGGAAGAAAACAUUGUUCUCGGUGUUGCUCUUGAGGGCUCAAAACGAACACUUCUGAUUGAAGAAGAAAUUGAUCCAUCUUCUUUCCCCCAAAAGUCGAAGGAAUUGGCUGGCAGCCGGGAUGGAAAUGGGUCUCCUGCUGGGAAGGAUAAGAAAGAUGGUCAGAUGCCAACAGUUCAAAGUACCUCACAAAUUGAUUAACAGUAUGAAGAGCGGUAGUCAAAUUGUGGGCGUUGUAUAUGCCCAUUGAAGAUUGAAAUUGUGCAAGGAUACAACAGCUGUGUUUUUGAAGCUGUUCAUUAUGCUGUUUAUACUUGUCAUGAAUUGCCAUUAUUUGUAAAUAAUUGUUAAAUUGAGUAAGUGCUAAUCUGAAGAAGUAACUGACAAGCCAAAGCCAAUGGAGCCUAUUAACUGCAAAUACUAUUAAUGUUUCAAUUUUAUUUAAUUCUCA